UUGUUAUCAUGGGUGUAGAAAACGCCGGUCAGUAAGGGGUUAAAUGAUUCUGAGCGUCUCAAUGAUUAACUUCAGAAGCGAUUAUCCUCAAAAGUUAGUCGACAGGUGAGUUUUCUUUCAGAUGCAGGUUUCAUGUAAAAGCAGAGGUCUGUAUGUCCUCAUGCAGGCAGCGAGGUGUGUGUGUGUGUGUGUGUGUGUGUGUGAGAGAGAGAGCGCUGGGUGGAGCAGCAGUGUAAGGCAGGUCUCGUCUCUCAUUGCGGCGGCUGGAGAUCCAUCGAGCGGCGGAGGAGGAACGUCGCUCCGGCGUCCGUGUGCGUGAAGAGCAGGUGGAGGAGGAGGAAGAGGAUGAUGAUGAUGAUGGAGGAAUCCGACAGCAUCCCCUGCACCGCGGAGGACGGGCUCGUGUCGAGCUGGAGAUGGAACAGAACCGCCAGGGACCAGGUCCAGAUCAAGCAGAAGAUCCGAGACCUGCCCGGUUUGUUAAAGCACGGACUGAACCUGCGCAAAAAGAGCCAGUCACCUGACACCAUCCCAGGACCCAGCACAGGCGUCACACCCAAACCCAAGAUGUGUUCUCAGAGUUUUCCCUGCGCUGGACGUGCUUUGAGAAAUGCUUUUCUGUCUCAUGGACCGUAUCCAGCAAAAGACAAGAUCCACCUCGCCAGGAUUAUCAGGAGGAGUUACGUGGGUGUGGAGCUGGUCCAGUGGCUGCUGGAGCAGUGUGUGUCGGUUCAGUGCAGGUUGAUGGCGUCUGGUGUCUGGCAGGUUCUUCUGGAGCUGGGGAUCCUGCACUCGGUCGACCAGCGGCUGGUGUUUGAAGACUCCAACACAUAUUACCAGUUCUCGUUCGAGGAGUGCGACGCUCAGGGCUGUGAAUUUCGCAGUGAGGAGGAAUGGCAGAACGGCGUCCGUCUUCUGCUUCAGCUCGUCCCUUACGUCCAGUUCAGAGUCGUCAGCCCACCGGAGGAAGACCCGGAGAGGACGCGUGAUGUCUGCAGAGAGAUCCUGCAGAUGAAGGCUCUGGAGAGACUCACGUCCACAGUGCAGAAUGAGCUCGCUGCUGCUCUCGCAAGAAAAGCCAAGAAGUCCAUGUCAGAAGAUGAAAGUUCGGAGGCUUCAGACGUUUCUCCACAAGAACCAAUGAAACCUGCUGAAGACGAAAACAAGCAGGCGGGCGUCUGUGCUCUCCGGGCUCCGGAGGACUUCUCCCGGCUGGAGGUGGUCCAGCGUCUGGCCAAAGACGGCUGUCGCUUCCUCCAGAACCAGAACUACCGGCUCCCGGACCGCUCCGCUCAGGCGCAGGGCGAAGGUGCUGUGCGCGUCUGUCUGAAAGAGAGAGGUCAGGAUGUACUGGUCCUCCAGAGAGUCCCAUCAGAUCCUGCGUCUCCUCAAACAGCCGGAGUCAAAGACGAGGACGGAGACAAGAGGUACAGGGUGGUGUCCGGGACGCCUCAGAAGAUCCUGGAGCACCUGCUGAGUGACCUGCGUCUGGACGAGCUGCAGGGGGCGACGGAGAGCAAAGAGGCGGAGACACUUCUGGACGACUUCCUGCUGACGUAUCUGGUGUUCAUGUCCACCAGUGAGCUGUGUCAGGCGCUGCUGGGACACUACUGUACGAAGCGCUGUCGGGGGAAGGAGGAGGGGAAGGAGGCCCUCUACAGGAAGAGGAAGGUACUGCACCUGGUGUCUCAGUGGAGCACGCUGUACAAGGACUUCCUGCGAGACGAGGAGAACGUCAAGCUCUUCAUGAAGACGCUGUAUCGAUACGUGCUUGAAGACGUCUAUGAGUUCCCCUCGCUGGAGAGAGACCUGAAGGAGUUUCAGAAGCUUCUGCGACGGAGACAUACGCUGGACGACUAUUCUCCACACCAGAAGAAUAAAGCUGUGUUCCAGCAGCUGAGUCUGAAGGAGAACAGCGUCUCUCUGCGAGGAUCAGUCCAGAGUAAAGACGUGAUGUGUCGUGUGUACGUGAGCUGUGAUUCGUAUCUCAGUGUCCGGGUGAAGCCUGCGGUCGUGGCUCAGGAGCUGCUUCACAUCGUCUCUCAGCGCAUGGAGCGAUCCGAGGACGACAUGAUGCUGCUGGUGCACACGUACAGCGGAGAGAAGCGUGUUCUUCAGCCUCAUGACAGUAUUUACUCCGAGUCUCUGGAGGCUCCUGGUCGACUGAUCGCGUGUCGCAGAGACCUCAGCGAGAUCCUGCCGCCGCUCACCGAGUGUCCAGAGCUGGGACAGAAGCCCGUCAGACUGCUGGGGAUCAACACCUGGGACGUUUCUGUGGCUCUGACAAACUUCGACUGGAACCUCUUCAACUCCGUUCAUGAGCAUGAGCUGAUCUUCUACACGUUCAGCGGUCAGGCGAGCAGUGUCCACACGGGGGCGCUGGAGCUGCUGCUGCGGCGCUGUAAUGAGGUUCAGCAGUGGGUGAUGUCUGAAGUGCUGCUCUGUCCAUCACUCAGCAGACGAGUGCAGCUGCUCAAGAAGUUCAUCAAGAUCGCUGCACACUGUAAAGCUCAGAGGAACCUCAACUCCUCGUUUGCGAUCAUCAUGGGUUUAAACACGGCCGCUGUCAGCCGCCUGAACCAGACCUGGGAGAAAGUUCCUGGAAAGUUCAAGAAGCUCUUCUCUGAGCUGGAGCUGUUGACUGAUCCGUCCAUGAAUCACAAAGCCUACAGAGACGCGUUCAGGAAGACCAAGCCGCCCAAGAUCCCCUUCAUGCCUCUGCUGCUCAAAGAUAUCACCUUCAUCCAUGAGGGGAACAAAACAUUUCAUGAUAAUCUGGUGAACUUCGAGAAGCUGCACAUGAUGGCUGAUACGGUGCGACUCAUUCGUCACUGUCAGACGGAUCAGACAGGGAACGAUCUCUCUCCGUGUGACAGUCCCGAGGUGCGCUCGAGCGUCCAUUCCCUUCACAUCAUCGACAGUCAGCAGACGCUCUUCGAGCUCUCGCACAGACUGGAGCCGCGAGUCUGAGACACACCAGAGACCGAGCACACCUCACACAUGAGGACCACAACUGCAUCUCUUCAUCUGACGAAGAUCAGCGGUCCAAGAAAGCUUUCUCCUGUCUGCGGGAGACGAGGGAACUUUCUCAGCGUUGUUUUCUUGAAAUGCUGUCGUCCACCAGCACUCUGGACCAUAUUUAUACAGGAGUUUAAUAUUUCAGAUUGAUAGGGCUGGGCGAUAUAAUCAUAAUAUAUUACAUUUAUAUUUAAAUUUUAAAAAAUAUAUUACAAUUUAUUAUUCAAUUUUUCAGGCUUUUGACCAUGUUUAGUGUACGUUAAUAUUUAUGUAUUUGGAUUUAAAGGCUGAUUUGUUUGAGUAAUUUCAACCAUUUAGAUUAAAAAUGUUUAGUGCAUGUAAAAUACAGUAAAAAUUUUCAAGUACUGAACUACAAAACUCAAUGGGCAAAUAAUAUCAUCACAAUUUUGCAUCGGUUUAUGAAUAUAUGAUAUUAAAAAAAAAAUCAUUGAAUUAUUUUAAUCAAUUUAUUGAAACAGAAAGUUUUAACGAUUUCAAAUCAGAAACUUAAUGGCCAAAUAAUAUACAUUUUGUGUAAACAAUAGCAAAUAUGAUUCACUCAAACAACUCAUUGACUCGUUUGAAUCGAUUCAUUGAAUCAGACCGUUUGAACUUCUGAAGUUCAAAUCAGAAACUUGAUGCCAAAAUAAAAUUACCACAAGCUCCAGUUAAUCCCGGAAAAUCAAAUCAUAAGCUUAAUGGCCAAAUACAAUUAACACAAUCUCACUUUAGUUAAAGAAUGUAUAAUAUUUUGUGAACACUUAAAUAUAAAAUGUAAACGAAUCAUUGAAUCAUGUGAAUCGAUUCAUUAAAACAGAAACUUUGAACUGAUUCAUGGAAAUUAAUCAAACUCAUUUCUUAGUUAAAAUCACAAACGUAACUGCCAAAUAUCAUCACAGUGUUGCUUCAUUUCAUAAAUAUACAUCUUAUUUUGUAAAUAAAAAAUAUAUCGCCCGGUCCAACAGAAUCAACUGAGACUGAACGAACAAACACACUGGUGUCAAAGGUCAUAAAGAUUUCAUAUAGAGCCAAGUACUCACUUUAUACUCAAUCCUGUUACUACCAGAUCACACUGAGGGGGUUUUUAUUAGUUAUUUUAUUUAAUGUUUUAUAUUUGAGUGGUUUGAGAGCCGCAGUGACUGAAUCUUUUCUCCCGUGAGCUGACAGUGUUAUUUCGUGGAGUUUGUGCCCUUCUCUCAGUUUCUCUCAGCAGUACUGAAGCUCAUGCAUGAAUACCGUAUUUGCACUUACAUCUUCGUUUGUACAUUAUCGUGUAAGAAUGUAGAUAUAUGUUUAUAUGUGUAUAGAAACACAUGUUUCUGUGCCAAGCACUAUUAUGGGAAAGCAAUGCAAUAUGUGGAGAUUUUAAUAUUGUCAAAUGUUUUAUAAACGCCUUUAGCUGCAGCUAUGAACCCCGGAAGAACACAGCUUUUCUUAUACAUCUACGGCACUUGUGUUAUUUUGUGAUUUUUUUCAAGUGCAGAACAGACUGUGUGCCGUUCACAGAUAGAAAUGGUGAUUAAAAUCGUCUGUCUUGUGUUUUGGUGAAUCUCAUAGAAAUAUUGGUCACAGAUUUCACCCCAAAAAAUAAUAAGUAAUAAAUAAAUAAAAUCCUGACCUGACACAAUAAUUAUUUUUUCUUUAUUUUAUUUUAUUUUAUAAAAUCAAGUUCAGUUAAACACAUGUCUGGAUCACCAUGCAUAAAUAAAUAAUGAUUUUUUAUUUAUUAUUAUUAUUUUAUUUUAUAAAAUGUAAUUCUGUGCUACUGUGGUAUAUGGUUCACAAUUUAAUAAUUUUGAUUUUCUUUUUUAUUAUGUAAAAUUACAUUCAUUACAGCAAACAAUACCAUAAUAUAAGGUUUACAAUUUAAAUACAUUUGUAUCAAUAUUAUUAUUAUUUUUAUUUAUUUGUUUUGUUUUCAUUUUAAUUAUUUAAUAAUGUAUUUGGGGUGAAAUAUGACCUGGAUCUUUUUAUUUUUUACAUUUAUUAUUUUAUCUGUUAUUUUCCUAUUUUUUUAUUAUAAUUUUUUUGUACAAAAUUACAGUCAGUACCACAAAUGUUUUCAUGAUGUAUUGUUCACAGUUUAAAACAUUUCUAAUAUGAAAGUAAUGUCAUAAUGUGACAAAAUAUUUUAUUUGUGAAAAUGUAGUAUGAAUUGUAUUUAUGGGAGUCAUUUUUUUCUGAUUAGCUCAGAAAGACACAGAGAUGACUGACAUUUUGGGGUUUUGUUGUGAUCAGCAAAUGUAAAUUUAGAUAUGCUCUGAAUAUAAGACUUCAUGUUUAAAGAGACAGCGAUUCAAAGCAAUAUAUUUGCAGUCUGUUGCUACAUAAACCACACACGUCUUUUCUAUAACCUGCAUUUUUAGAAUAAUUUUCAAAAGCAAAUGUCAAUAAAAGAUUUAUGUAACACUA